AUGCCUCUUGUCAAUUGGGCCGAAGCCACGCCAAGCGACCUCGCCGGUUUUACGGCGGAAUACCUUCGCGACGAGUUGUCUCGUCGCAAACUUGACGUCGCCGGAUCCAAAGAGGAAAUCAUCCACCGCCUCCUGGACGACAUCGCCCGAAGCCCCCCGCCACCGCCAUCGACCCUGCCUCUUCCCGACUCGGCGGCCUCCGCAGAAGGCCCGCAAGAGUCAUCGCCUCUCCCGACCCUUGACCCGGCGCAGUCCACGCAGCUAUUGACAAGCUUGCUGCAGCAGUUCCUGACCGUGUCUCAACGUGCACCAGCCCCUGUGCAGGUGACUACCCUGCCGGACUUGUCCGCGUCGCUUCCAACUUUUAGCGGCGAUGGAGGUAUUUCGGCCCGCCAUUGGAUCGAGGAGCUGGAGCGAACACAAGGACUGGCUUCCUGGGAGCCCUCGACACUUCUCGCAGUCGCUCUCGGCAAGCUUCGAGGCCCAGCCGCUAACUGGAAAGCUGUUUCUGGACGCCAGUGCCUAACUUGGGAGAGCUUUAAGGCCGCCUUCCAGGCGCAGUUCGGUGAUCGCCUUACGCUUCUGCAGUGGCAGCACAAGGUCACCGCUCUGGUGCAGUCGCCUGCAGAGAGCCUCGUCAACUAUUCCCUGGCAAAACUAAAACUCAUCUCGAAAUGCCCCGUUGUGCUGACUGAUGCUCAGCGCAUAGAGUAUGCUGUUCAAGGCAUCAAUGACGAACAUCUAGCGACAUCCAUCACAGCGCAGUGUCCUGCGACGGUCCCUGCAUACAUGGACAUUGUAACACGACUCGACCAGACUUUAAGCCAUUCUCGUCUAAGGUCAAACCGCACGGAGGCUGAAAGUGCAAGGCCACCAGUUGCCAAACCACACGCAACGCCUUCCUCAACUCAAUCUUCAAAUCGAGCUGAACGUGUGUCUGCCAUACCACAGCGCAUUUCGUCUCUUUCACAAGAACAGCAGGAGGCACGAUACCUUGCCAUCACAUCAAAACACGGAGCUCCCGCCCAUCGCCCCGGCCAAGAUUUGAGCAAGGCUGUGUGCUACAAUUGCCGGCAGCUGGGUCACCUCUCCGCCAAAUGCACCGCUGCAAGGACCCCACGUAAUCAGCAGCCAGCCAGCUUCAAGACCAAUGCCCCUGCCAUGUCCUGCCUCCAGAACUCUGAGCCACUUGAGGGCUCAAUGGUCCAGUGUGCUGUAGUCCAAGCCGAUGUCCCAACAAUCGGCAAGGUUGACGCUUUCCCUGACAGUGGGUCUAAGUUGACCAUACUGUCGCAAGAGCUUAUCGGAACCUUGAGCUUGCUACCAUGGACAAAGCCACCCAUUGCUGUCGUUGGUGGCAGCACAGUUGUACCAACUGGUACUCUGUGCACUCGCAUCUCCGUUGGUCCCAUCUCUGCCGUCGUGGAGGUGAUGGUACUUGCGCGCAACCCCCUGCCUCUGAUCCUCGGAGAGGACUGGUUCGAAGCAGCACAUGCAGAACUUGUUGUGAGGCCGCCUAAUCCAACUGAAAUUCGCCACCCCAGCUCAGGUGCCGUCUUGUUGUGCCAGGAGAAGGUGUUGCCGAGGAUGUCGAACGCUGUCCUUCUCCACACCCUGACUUCUUCCCCGUUUGCACCGACUAUCCCUUCGACAGGUGGUCUCCAACUCGAGCCUCUCCCAGAUGACAACCAGCCCUUGUGGCUGGCUCUGGCAUGCCAUGAAAAGUCGCCCCAGCCAGAGCGUGAUUCUCCAAAAACAUGUAGCCCGAACAGUUUCGAGAGAAACAAGACAAGUUCCAUUCUAAGCGAAGCCCAAAUUGGCACAGAGCUACAGCCAGAAGAGUCUACUGCGAUUCAAAAUGUCCUGCAACGACACAUUGCUCUCUUUGCUACAGACGACAACGACUUGGGACUCUAUGAAGGAGCACAGCACGCCAUUGACCUCGUUCCAGACGCUGUACCCUACAGUCGGCAACCGUAUCGGUAUGCAGCUGAUGACCGACAGUUUAUUGAGCAGCAAACUGAUGAGCUCCUGAGGAAGGGCAUCAUAGUGCCGUCUUCUAGCCCUUGGGCCUUCCCCAUUGUCAUUGUUUCUCGUGGAAGCAAGAAACGACUGUGUGUAAACUACAUCCCACUUAACAAGCAGACAGUCAGUGUCGCUCAGCCGCUUCCCCGUGCCGAGGACAUUAUGGACGACAUAGCAGGUUGCUCGCUGUUCGCCUGCCUUGACCUGAGGUUUGCCUACUGGCAAAUACGAGUGCGCCCGGAAGACCAGCUCAAGACGUCUUUCAUUACGCAUCGUGGCACGUUCCAGUGGACAAGAAUGCCAUUUGGACUCAAAAAUGCCCCUGCCACAUUUCAAAAAGCCAUGCAAGCAGUCUUCGAGCAGCUUCGAUCCCGACACCCCAAGUGUGGAGUUCGUGUGUAUCUGGACGAUGUCCUGCUCUUUGCCACCAAUUUUCACGAGUUCAUCGACUUGCUCGAAGAAGUCCUCGCACUGCUACAGACAAGUGGAUUUAAAGUUUCGCUAACUAAGUGCCGGUUCGCUGUACCAUCAUUGACGUUCCUAGGCUACGUCCUCUCCAAAGAAGGGAAACGACCCAACCCAGCAAAAGUGGAAGCCAUCCUGAAGAUACCCACACCGACAACUGCCAAGUCUCUCCUGUCCUGGUUGCAGACUGCAAACUUUUACCGACGUUUUAUCCCCGAGUUCUCCAAGGUUUCGGCUCCUCUCCAGACCAUCAUCAGGACUGGAACCUUUAAGUGGACCCCUGCUUGUGAAUCUUCAUUUCAAGCUCUCCGCCAAGCGCUUACCUCUGCUCCUGUUCUCGGGCAUUUUGAUCCUUCAGCGCCGACUACGGUGACCACGGAUGCAUCAGCUGUGGCACUUGGUGCUGUCCUUUCACAACUCCAGGAUGGCAAUGAGGUGGUCAUUGAGUAUGCUAGCAGAGCUUUGUCAGCCACUGAGAAGAACUUGCACAGCAACAUUUGGGAAUGCUUGGCUGUUCAUUGGGCUAUCUCCCAGAAGUUCCGGCACUACCUCCUUAACCGGAAGUUUUGCUUACUGACUGAUAAUUGGUCAGUCGCCUGCCUGACGGCCAACUUCAAGCCGUCGCGUCGCUUCACGGGAAUGCUUAUGGACCUUGUGGAGUUUGAUUUCACUGUGCAACACAAACCAGGCAAACAAAAUGUUGUCGCAGACAUGCUGUCACGUCUUUCCUGUGCCACUGUGGAGCCCAUGGUGACCUUGUGCCAACUUCAGCAAGAAGAUGAGGAGUGCCUUGCCCUACAUCAGAGACUGCUGACCGACGAUGAAGCAAGGCAGGACUUUGUCGUCAUCGAUGACAUCCUGUAUCGUCGCACGCAUCCAAACGUGCACACAAUUGUUGUGCCCCACAAGUUGCGUCAGUCUGUGCUUGAGCUGACUCACGAUAACAGCGGCCACAUGGAUGCAAAGCGCACACUGAAGAAACUGCAGGACCGCUAUUGGUGGCCACGAAUGACUGCAACAGUGACCCAGUACGUUGACGGAUGUCAAACAUGCCAGGUCAACAACCGCCCUACCACACGCAACGUUGGGAGGAUGGGCUUCAUGCCGACAACCGAAGUCCCCUUCAGCACUAUUGCACUGGACCACGUUACAAUGCCUCUAAGCGAUGGUGGCAAGUACAUUCUGAACGUUAUAGACUUUGCCACGCGUUUCAUUGUGCCAGGUGCCGUCUCAACUACUUGCACCAAAGAAGUGAUUCAGCACUUGUACACAGUCUUCUACCACUACGGCCUGUUUUGGAUCAAGCCUUACUGA